AAAGAUAAAACACGGACGGUUCAAACCCAAAUAUAGAAAUAGAACCCACGAUAAUGGAGAGACUGAUUUGGAUUAGUGGAUUGCCAAGGUGAAGGAAGGGCAGCAUCUAUUGGAGGAGAGCUUCAACUUCUCUUGCGAAUAUGCUUGUGAAGCUUGCGGCUCGAGCGUUUUAUGAUGACAUAACGACGAAAGGGGAUAAUCAGUCCAAAACGGGGAGGAGCGAUAAUAGAGGCAUUGCUGUGGUGGUACUUGAUGCUCUCACAAGACGACAAUGGGUUAGGGAAGAAGAUUUGGCAAAGGAUUUGAAAUUGCACUCUAAGCAACUCCGCCGGAUGCUGAGGUUUUUUGAGGAAGAAAAACUAGUCACACGGGAUCAUAGGAAAGAGACAGCUAAGGCAGCAAAGAUGCAUAGUGCUGCCGUAGCUGCCACUGCUGAUGGUCAGAUUGUGAAAGAAGGGGAUGAAAAGAUAAAGCUACAUACGCACUCUUACUGUUGUCUGGAUUAUGCCCAGAUAUAUGAUGUUGUUAGGUACAGACUGCAUCGCAUGAGGAAGAAGCUGAAGGAUGAACUAGAAAACAAGAAUACUGUUCAAGAGUAUAUAUGCCCCAACUGUGGCAGACGGUACAAUGCCUUGGAUGCACUAAGAUUAAUAUCUCUAGAAGAUGAAUACUUUCACUGUGAGAACUGCAAUGGGGAGCUAGUGGCAGAGAGUGACAAGUUAGCUGCUCAAGAAGGAGGAGAUGGAGAUGACAACGCAAGGAGGCGUCGGCGUGAAAAAUUGAAGGACAUGCUUCAAAAAAUGGAGGAACAACUUAAGCCAUUAAUGGAGCAACUUAACAGAGUGAAGGAUUUGCAUGUUCCUGAAUUUGGAAGCCUUCAAGCAUGGGAAGCUCGAGCAAGUAUUGCUGGGCGUUUAGGAAAUGGUGAUUCUAGCUCCAAUGAUCCCUCCAAAUCCCAAGGGCUGGGGUAUGGUGGAACACCAAUGCCGUUUCUUGGAGAGACAAAGGUUGAAGUUAACUUGUCUGGUGCUGAUGACAAGGAAGGGGAUGUCAAACCUGAAACGGCAAGUACAGGUCUGAAAGUUUUACCACCAUGGAUGAUCAAACAAGGAAUGAACCUCACAAAAGAGCAACGAGGAGAGGUCAAGCAGGAGUCUAAGAUGGAUGUCAAUUCUGCAACAGCAGCAUCAGGAUUCUCAGACGACAAAAAGUCCAAUAACGCUGAUGAUAAACAAAGUAUACAGAAUGAGUAUGUAAAAGCUUAUUAUGAAGCUCUGCUUAAACAACAACAAGAACUAGAAGAAGCUGGUAAGAAGCAACAGGCGUCGCAGACAUCUAUAUCUAAUGGUAUUUCUGGAUCACCUUCUAAUCGUCAAGUGGGCAUGAAGUUCAAACGUGAGGAGGAUGAAGGGGAAGAUGAUGUUGAGUGGGAAGAGCCCCAAGCUGGAGGCAAUACAACUGAAAGUUACAGGAUCAAUGACUUGAAUGUUGAAGCAGAAGCUUCAUCAGAGGAUGAGGAUGAUGUAGAUUGGGAAGAAGGUUGAAUGGUGCUUAUUAAUCUGUUAUGGAUCUGUUCUUACAAUGUUUAGAAAUUCUGUAUGAAAGGUA